AUGACCGAUAAGCCCUUGCGAAGGGCAUUAAGUAAUCCUGAAGCUGUAGGUCGACUGACGCUGUGGGCGAUAGAAUUAGGCGAGUUUGAUAUCAAGUAUCAUCCACGUGCAUCCAUUAAAGGACAAGUCGUAGCCGACUUCAUAGCAGAAUUUACUCGUGACGAAGACAAGGGGGCAGAAGAGUCCCCUCAGUGGAGCAUAUAUACUGACGGAUCAUCCAAUCGGCGAGCCAUGGGAGCCGGCAUUGUAUUGCUGUCACCUGAAGGAGACAGGAUUGAAUGUAUGGUACAUCUAGACUUCCCCACAACCAACAAUGAAGCGAAAUACGAAGCAGUGGUAGCAGGUCUUGACUUAGCUAAAGCCGCAGGAGCCGAGAGCGUAAUCAUUUACUAUGACUCUCAGGUCGUAACCAAUCAUGUAAACGGAGAUUAUGAAUGUAAGGGAGAAAGGUUGAGGAGAUAUCUUGAUCAAGUGAGAGCGAGAAUCAACGACCUAGAAGCCAAGGUCAUCCAAAUUCCCAGGGAAGAAAAUGAGCUCGUCGACCGGUUGGCCAAAACCGCCUCAGCAGAUCAUAUGAUAACACCGGGUAACGUACUUUCUUUCGUUCAACUUUCUCCACUAAUAGACCCCGGUAACAUGCAGGAGAUAUGCUCCGAAAGUAACUGGACCACACCGAUAAUUUCAUACUUGAAGAACGGGUUACUGCCGGACGGAAAGGAUGCGGCCAGGAAACUAAAGGUCCAGGCGGCGAGUUUCAUCUUCAUAAAAGACAUCCUGUACAAGAGAGGUUUCUCCCGUCCAUAUCUAAGAUUCCUGGGAGCUGAAGAGGCAAACUAUGUAAUGAGGGAAGUACACGAAGGAAUAUGUGGGAAUCACUCUGGAUCGAGGUCGUUGGUGCACAAAAUAAUACAAGCUGGGUAUUACUGGCCAACCAUGCAGAAGGAUGUCGAGUCUUACGUUAAGAGCUGCGACAAAUGCCAGAGAUUCAGUAAUAUUAUUAGACAGCCAACUGAGGAGCUGACCCCGAUGACGGCUCCAUGGCCGUUUGCUCAAUGGGGACUAGACAUUAUGGGACCUUUCCCAACGGCGGUACGACAGUUGAAGUUCUUGGUGGUGGGUAUUGACUACUUCACAAAAUGGGUAGUGGCGGAAGCUUUGGCCACCAUCACGAAGAAGAACAUUAAAAGUUUUGUCUAG